AUGGUGCUAUCGGAGGGCUUUUUGUUAUAUUUUACACUGCUGUUGAUAAAUUUUGCACUUUUUGUUCAGGAUGAGGACUGGCACAAGAAAGAAGUUAACUGGCGGAGGAGAGAAGUUGAUUUGCAUCUGCAAGUGCACCAACUUACAAAGAGGACAAGUUAUUUGGAGCGUUUAUUGGGAGAUGCACAAAACAGGCCAUCAGGAUUGUUCAGUGGAAGUCAGGGUUCUCAAGAACAAGCCAUGCUUGGGCAUGACCUUGAUUUCGGAUUUGGUGGUCAAGGAUCUUCAAGCAACUUUGUAUUACAGCAAGAGUUGCAGGUGGAUGGUGCUAAAUUUUUUGAUGUGGAUGCUUCCACUCAGAUUUUUAUAAUUGCUCGAAGGCUGUCUGGAAUGGGAGGAAUGCACGUUCUUACCAAAAUGAGCUUGAUAGCUCCACAUGAAAGGGAAAACAUUGAUCUUCCUGUCAGCACAAAAGCUGUUAGGGACCUUCGUGUAGCCCCUCAUGGCAGACUUGCGCUCCUGGCUUCCUUGGGAAAGAAAUUGUCAGUUAUCAGUACGGAAAGCAACAAUGUGGUUCUUUCUUAUGAUUUACCGGCUGCUGCUUGGUCAUGUUCAUGGGAUCUUAACAGUUCACAUUAUAUCUACUCUGGAUUACAGAAUGGCAUGCUUCUGGUGUUUGAUAUGCGCCAAACUUUGAAGCCCAUGGAAUCCUUGACUGGGUUGACAUGCAACCCCAUCCAUACUGUGCACUCUCUUUCACCAGAUUCAACUCUUCCUUCUGGUGCAAGAAGCCUCCUAACCGCCUCUUCUAUUGGUCUAUGUCAGUGGAACUUUGGUGGCAUUGAAGAAGGGCCAUUUCUGGUUCCUGAAUCAGAGAAUCAAGGAGUUUGUAUAGGUCUUGCUUAUUGUCCAAGCAAUAAUCACAUUGUUGCUUCCUUCCGUCCCAAAGUUGAGAUGUCUAAUGAUAUGGCUGUUUCUCAACCUUCACUUACUGCUGCCUCCUCUCUUAUGGGGCAAGGAAUACAGGGCUCCAAUAUUCUCUUCAAGAGUUUGGGUAACAGACGUUUUCAAAAGUUAGGAUCUACAUAUAUGACUGUAAAUGAUAUACGACUGCCAAAAUCUGCAAUUGUAGACAGACAGAAUCAAAACCCACAAUUUGCUUAUGGCAGUGAAGUAGCAUGUGAAUUAGUUUUGCAAGAGUUGCCAUCGUUUAUGGAUGUUCAGCAUCUCAAAUCUCAGAAGCAUCCUAUUCGAGACGUGAAAUACACACAUGACUUAAGCUCAGGAUUGCUUAGUUGUUUAAGUGAGGACAUAUUGCAACUUUUCUCCUCCAAGACCUUGUGAAAAGGUAGCAGUAUGAUGGGCAAGCAACUGACUUACAUGUGCAGCUUUAUUUAUUUUACUUGCCAUAUUUGGGUCCACAUCACUGACGAAAAGUGUAUAUUAUAGCAAGGUUUGAUUGCACUUACAUGUGAUGUAGCAUACUAGUAAGAUCCGUACAAUUUUCUUUUAUUUAUGUUUUAUUUUUGUUGGUAAGUUAUCAAGUGGUUAAAUAUUGUUUUGGGUAGCUGUUAGGUAGUUAAAUUUGAUUAUCCGGAGGUGUACUCUGCAAGAUGAUCCUAUGUCUAGCGAGUGACUUCAUCGUUAAUAAUAUUUCUUAGUGCACAUGAUUUACAUGAUCAUAUUUACAUUGUA